CAAGAAAGAAGGAAUCUUCUAUCUUAAAAAAUUCACUUUCUUCUCAAAACAGACAGCAGCCCCGGAAACAACUCCAUGUCCGAGGAAGGUAAGCCGGCUUCCAUGAAGACUAUGAAUUGUCUUCUCUACAAGACCUUGUCUGGUCUUCUUUCUUGCCGGUGGGACCCACCACAAAUCUCCCUCUAUCUUUCUCUCUCAGAAAAAUCAAUGUGCGUUGAAGGGGUGGUUCUCGGAAAAAAUACCACACAAAGGCGGCUCAUUUGUGAUUUUUAAGGCACAACAAGAGCAAAUCCAUGUCCUGAAUAGCCUUACUUUCUCAUUGAUAUCAUUCUCUUUGGGCCUACCAUGUUUGUAUGUUAAGUUUAACUCGCCGUUUCUUUAUUAAAGUUUCAUCUUUUUCUGCUACGUUUUUGUUAAAGAUCCAAUCUUAGGAAUCUUAGGGUGCUCUAGGAUGAGCUUGAAGGAGCUAAAAGUAUUCAACUUUACUUCGAUUCUCAAAUGGGUCAUCGUUGUUUUGAGUUUGGUGCAUUGCGUUCAAGGCCAGGAUUUGAGCGACUAUGAUCAGAUUAAUAACCCAGCGUUAAGACCAUUAAUCACCCAGUUUGUAUUUAGCAGGCUUUCUAAUCUUACUGCAGCUAUCAGUCGUGAUAUCGGCAGCCGGGCCAGCUUCUGUGUUAAGGACCCGGAAGCCGAUUGGGACAGAGCCUUUAAUUUUUCAUCCAAUUUGGAUUUCUUGGAAUCUUGCCUCGUGGAAACUGAAGGAGAUCUUGGAUCGCGCAUAUGUACUGUGGCUGAAAUGAAAUUCUACUUUGAUAGUUUCUUCGAAUCAUCAAAUCCACUUUUCUUGGAACCAAACAAGAAUUGUAAUUUGACCUCACAGCUUUCUGGUUGUGAGCCAGGAUGGGCUUGUAGUGUUGGUCAGAACCAGGAAGUUGACAUUCAAGAAUCAGAGAACAUUCCACCAAGAACUCAAGACUGUAAGCCUUGCUGCGAGGGUUUUUUCUGUCCUCGUGGUAUUACAUGCAUGAUGCCUUGCCCGUUGGGUUCCUUUUGUCCCCGUGCAACACUAAAUGAGACAACAGGCAUUUGUGAACCAUACAAUUACCAAGCGUCUCCGGGGCUUCCAAACCAUACGUGUGGAGGGGCAAACAUAUGGUCAGAUGUUCGAAGUAGUAGAGAAGUAUUCUGCUCAGCAGGAUCAUUUUGCCCAACAACUACCACGAAAAGUUCCUGCAGUAGUGGACACUAUUGCAGGAUGGGUUCAACAUCUGAGAAACGCUGCAUCAAGUUAACUUCAUGCGAUCCAAACACAGCGAAUCAAAAUAUGCAUGCAUAUGGAAUUAUGCUUAUAGCUGCUUUGAGUUUGUUACUUAUAAUUAUCUACAACUGCACUGAUCAAAUACUAAUCACUCGAGAAAGGAGACUGGCGAAAUCGAGGGAAGCAGCAGCAAGAAGUGCAAGGGAGACAGCAAAGGCACGCCAAAGGUGGAAAGCUGCAAAAGAUGCUGCCAAGAAGCAUGCAAGUGGAUUUCAGGAACAUCUUUCAGGCACAUUUUCCCGGAAAAAAAUUGCCCGUAGUCCUGAGCAACUUAAGAUUUUGGAUGAAGCUAAUUUUGAAGUAAAUGAUGAUCCGUACACUCCUGCACAAUUGAGUAUUUCUGAUGCAUCUCUGUCAUCCUCUGCAGCAUCGAAAGGAAAGAAAAUGGAAACACGUCCCCUUACACAGGAUAUCCAUGAAAUUGAAGCUGAACCGGAAAAAUGGGAAGGCCUUAGUCUAGAAGUUGAGCAUUCAAGUUCAAUAGAAAGUGCACAUCAUAUGCAAAGGGUAAAGGAGCUGAAUACUGAUAGCAAAAUUUUCAAGUACGCAUAUGCUCAACUGGAGAAAGAGAAAGCUCUUGAGCAAGCAAACAAGAACCUCACCUUCUCGGGGGUAGUUUCGAUGGCUACAACUGAUGAAAUUAAGAGAAGGCCUCUAAUUGAGGUUUCUUUUAAAGACCUAACACUUACUCUGAAAGCUAAAAAGAAGCAUCUUUUAAGGAGUGUUACUGGAAAUAUUAAGCCUGGUCGAAUCACUGCUGUCAUGGGUCCAUCAGGAGCUGGCAAAACAACGUUCCUUUCUGCUUUGGCAGGAAAAGCAAUUGGAUGCAGGAUGACUGGUUCGAUUCUCGUAAAUGGAAAAAGUGCAUCAAUUCACUCAUACAAGAAAGUUGUUGGCUUUGUUCCACAAGAUGAUAUUGUGCAUGGAAACUUGACAGUGGAAGAGAAUCUCUGGUUCCAUGCAAAAUGCAGACUACCUGCCGGCCUAGCAAAAGCUGAAAAAGUUUUAGUUGUUGAAAGAGUUAUUGAGUCCCUGGGGCUUCAAACAGUGCGUGAUUCCUUGGUUGGAACAGUAGAAAAGCGAGGAAUUUCUGGAGGCCAGAGGAAGAGAGUAAACGUCGGAUUGGAAAUGGUCAUGGAGCCUUCCCUUUUGAUCUUAGAUGAACCCACAUCUGGCUUGGAUAGUGCGUCCUCUCAGCUGCUUCUUAGAGCACUUCGACAUGAAGCUCUUGAAGGGGUAAACGUGUGCAUGGUAGUUCACCAACCAAGGUACCUUUCUAACUUUGGGGUGCUCGGUUAUACUACACAUAUUGCAGUAUCUCUUCUGUGCAAAAUAUCGGCCUUGAGAACAUUUUCUCUGGACAAGUUACAUUAUUGGAGAGAGAGUGCAUCCGGCAUGAGCAGUUUGGCUUGUUUCCUUGCCAAGGAUACCAUUGACCAUUUUAAUACGGCUAUCAAACCCGUGGUAUAUCUCUCGAUGUUCUAUUUCUUCACAAACCCGCGAUCUUCCUUCGCAGAUAAUUAUAUUGUCUUGCUUUGCCUCGUUUAUUGUGUGACGGGAAUAGCAUAUGCACUUGCUAUAUUCUUCCAACCUAGUGCAGCCCAGCUGUGGUCGGUUCUUCUCCCAGUAGUUUUAACUCUCAUUGCAACACGACAAAAAGGCAACGGAGCUUUGAAGGUUAUAAACAAUUUCAGUUAUCCUAAGUGGGCAUUGGAAGCAUUCGUGAUUGCAAAUGCUGAAAGGUACUCGGGAGUAUGGUUGAUUACACGUUGCGGAUCACUUAUGCAAAACGGCUAUAGUCUUCAAAAUUGGGGUCUUUGUAUAUUCGUCCUCCUUCUAUUCGGCAUAGUUGGCCGUGUGAUAGCAUAUGUUGGUAUGGUUACGUUCCAGAAGAAAUGAGUUUUCUGGUAAUCCACUCCCUGUACAGAAUCAGCUAUCUGCAAGCUGAGAGGAUAUACGAAAAUGGUGGUUGAAAUUGGCUGCUGACAUAGCUGCUACAUACAUGUUGAAUGAAAUAUGCGAUCCAUUAGUCCAAUUCUUUGAUUCAUAAUGCUCGACAGAUUCUUUUUAAUAUCGAAGUUAGUGUGUUUUUUCUUUUCUCGGCAAGCUUUGAAAUUGUAUGUGAAUAUUUGAUUCCCAGGUUCUUGCCCGAUGGAGGAACGAAAAGAUUCAAUUUGUGCAAUUGUAAGAAUUAGAAAUAUACAUGGAAAUUUGAUCAUAAAUAUUGUGGGUUUACUGUU